GUUACAAAAGGGCAACAAAAACUGACGUGAAGUGUAGCUGGAUUAAACAUCCAAAAUCGGCUGGACCAAAGACUACAAUGACAAUGCAGGAGCUGUAUCCAUCAAAUCAACCUAACUACAGCUAUGCACUGGAUUCUCUCCAAGGAACCAGAGGUUGAGGCACCACCUGUGCCAACAGUUGAAGACCUUAUCACAUGUCAGGAGUACCUCGAAGCAAAGGAGCCUCUUCCAUGGCUGAGACAGCAGCUUGCGGUAUCACCUGACAAGGUUAUUCAUACAGCCUUUCUGACCACUGGCCAAAGAGAAAAUGCUGUAUGGGCAGCAGUACGGAAACUUCGAUUUACUGCCUCUAAUUUUGGUCAAAUCAUAGCAGCUACAAAGCGCAACAGAUUGACUAAUUCGCUGAAGAAAAGGCUUCUAAGUGCCUACAACUUGGAGAAGAGAGCCUCCAUCCAGUGGGGUAUAAACCACGAGAGUGUUGCAAUAGCAGAAUAUUGCAAAGCAGGGGACGUCACAGUAGUGCAAACAGGCAUAUGGCUUCAUGAAUCUGGAGUUCUUGGUGCCUCUCCCGAUGGAUUUGUCCAAGGAUAUCCUAAACUCCAGAAGUUCCAUCUUCAAGGAAAAGUAGCUGGAUGUAUAUCACCAGAUAUCAUUGAAGUGAAAUGCCCCUUUUCCGCUAAAGGGAUGGCCAUUAAGGAUGCCUGUGCCAACUUGAAAGCUUUUUAUCUGGAGUGCAAUUCUGCAGGAACCCUGAAUCUGAAGGAGCGCCAUGACUAUUGGCAUCAAAUUCAAGGUCAACUUUACCUUACAGGCACUACUUGCUGUGAUUUCGUGGUGUGGACACCAGUGGAUAUGGCAGUGAUUCGAAUUCUUCGAGAUGAGUUGUGGCAGUCAAACUUGACAAAUAUGAUCGAAUUCUAUUUCAAUGAUUUUUUACCAUCUGUGUAAUAACAAGCUUGAAAGAUAUUUGUAUUUUCUUACAUUUCCCAUCCACACACAGGUUUUUUUAUGUCUUGAUAUCAAGGGCUUGGGCCUUUUCAAUUGGGAAAUGAUAGUGACAUUUGCUUGAAAUUGGGGAAAACGUUUCAUACAAACGAGGUAGAGAAAAAAACUUAAGUGCAUGAGGUAUGAUUGGACUCUUUGUGACUUUCAAUUUGGUCAAAGCCUACCUCAUUUAAAUAAGUAGAUGCCAAAAUAUAAGGUUUACUUAACAAUUCUAAAGCAAAAUUUGUCAUUUGUGGCCUGUGAAUGAGUUAUGAACAAGGCAUACCUGCUUCGAUCUGUUUUCAUUGCUUGGGAAAUUUAAAGUAAAGAUUAUGAAAAAUAUUUGCUUUUUAGCAUUAAAAAUAAAUGUAUGCACCCAGGGGUGCAUGAGCCGAGUUGCAUGGGAUACAUUGUUUCAAAGUUUCAUUUGAUUAGAUUGUAAGUUUUUAUACGCCCGUCUUAAGACGGGACGUAUUAUGGUAUGGCGUUCAUGUCCGUCCGUCUGUUAGCUUUUUCGUGUCCGACCCGUAACUUAAAUACUACAAGGCCUAGAAUCAUCAAACUUUGUCUGUAGAUACAUCUUGGGUAGAAGGUGUGUCGCACAUUAAAACCAGGUCACUGUGACUUUUCAUUAAGAAGAUAUGGCCAUAUAUGGCAAAAACUUGUCCGGCUCAUAACUUAAAAACUAUUAGACCUAGAAUCACCAAAAUUGGUCAACUAAUGCAUCUUAGGUAGAAGGUGUGUCGCAUCCUACUUUAAGGUCACUGUGACAUUUAAUUAAGGUGAUAUAAAAAAAAUGUUUUAAUGGGUACAAUUUAUACUGUUAACAAUAUGUGACGGGCGUAUCAUGUGCCGUGGCGGUGCACUUUAUUCGAGUUAUCCGGAAACCAAUUGUUGAUGCCCGCCCGCAUCACCAAACCAAUAGCCGAGUUGAACUUCGUUGCAACUCGGCUAAAAAUGAGACCUUCAUCAAGACAUGAGAUGAAAACUUAUAAUACAGUA